CGGGCCUAGCUAGGGUAAGCUAACAUUACUCUGAUUAUACUUCCGAUCCAAACGAAAAGCAAGUUUCGUUUUUUUAUACUACUACCCUCACCAGUCAUCACUCUCUUGCAUCCCUGCAAUUCGAUUCUCCACCAUGGAUUACCUCAAGACAGUGGUUCCUUCUCAACUCCUCGCCGAAAGAGGCUCCAAUCUUGUCGUCAUCAAUCCAGGUUCCGCGAACAUUCGGAUGGGACUAGCUCAACAAGAAACUCCUUUCAACAUCCCUCACUGCAUUUCUCGACGCACCACUGGUGCCAACCAAGCCCCUAAAAGAAAUGUUCAAGAUCAAUUGCUUAAUUCUCAGGUUACGACUGCUCAACACAUGGAGCGUGAGAAGUCCUAUGAUAUUAUUGCGUCACUGUUGAAGAUUCCUUUUCUAGAUGAAGAGGUUGCAAACAACUCAUUCCCGCGGAAGAUGGGACGUGUUGAUGGAUAUACUAAUACUCCACAGAGCAACAGGAAGGAGACAGCAUUCACUUGGACCAAUGUUUUUGAUAAAAAAUCUGAUUCGUCUUCAGCAUUAGAAAGUUCCCCAAACAAUGGUGAGAUUAGUGAGCCCCCAGACCAGGGGGAAGGUACUGCCAGCAAGGAGCUUACUUCAAGUGCAUGCAAGUUCAGAGAAUAUAUCUGUGGUGAGGAAGCUCUAAGAAUAUCCCCUACUGAGCCAUAUUGCUUACGGCGUCCUAUUCGCAGAGGUCACUUUAAUAUUUCUCAACACUAUCCUAUGCAGCAGGUGUUUGAAGAUAUGCAAGUCAUCUGGGACUGGAUUUUGAUUGAGAAACUGCAUAUCCCUCACAGUGAAAGAAACAUGUUUUCUGCUAUUCUGGUAGUGCCAGAAACAUUUGAUAAUCGUGAAAUAAAGGAGAUGCUGUCUAUCGUAUUGCGAGACUUGCACUUCAGCUCAGCAGUGGUCCACCAGGAAGGUCUAGCUGCAGUUUUUGGAAAUGGGUUAUCAACAGCAUGUGUGGUAAAUAUGGGUGCCCAGGUGACAUCUGUAAUCUGCAUUGAGGAUGGAGUUGCUCUACCAACUACACAGAUGACUUUACGUUUUGGCGGAGAGGAUAUAUCAAGAUGCCUUCUCUGGACACAGAGGCAUCAUCAGACAUGGCCACCAAUUCGUACUGAUGCUUUGACAAAGCCUGUGGAUUUAUUGAUGCUCAACAGACUUAAAGAGAUGUAUUGUCAGAUUAAAGAAGGGGAAGUUGAAGCUGUUGCUGUAGUUCAUUCAUAUGAAGAUGGCAUGCCUGCUGGAUCUCAUAAGACCAGACUAACAGCUCUGAAUGUUCCCCCUAUGGGUCUGUUCUACCCUAUGCUUUUGGUUCCAGAUGUGCAUCCUCCUCCACCCCGUUUUUGGUUUAAUGACUAUGAAGAUAUGCUGGAAGAUGCAUGGCAUAUGGAAUUUCCAAGAAGAAGUGAUAUGUCAGAUGGUUCGUAUUCCAGCCUUAAUAGUGGGUUCCCAAUGUGGGACAGCUACUCAUUUUUUCAAACUAAACCAAAGAAAGAAGAUUGCAUUGGCCUUGCAGAAGCUAUCACAAAGAGCAUUCUUUCAACAGGGCGUAUAGACCUCCAAAGAAAAUUAUUUUGUAGCAUACAACUGUUUGGAGGUGUUGCUUUGACAGCUGGUCUCAUUUCUGCUGCAGAAGAGAGAGUAUUACAUGCGAUUCCUUCAAAUGAAGCAAUUGACACUGUAGAGGUCUUACAAUCAAGAACAAAUCCAACCUUUGUGUCGUGGAAAGGUGGAGCUAUUCUUGGUGUGCUUGAUUUCGGUCGUGAUGCCUGGAUACAUCGUGAGGACUGGAUUCGCAGUGGGAUUCACAUUGGAAGUGGCAGAAAAUACAAGGAUUCUUACUUUCUGCAAGCGCAAGCAAUGUGCUACAUGAAUUCUUAGGAGGUAAUGGACACUGUUACCUCAAAUCUUGUGAAGAAUUCAAGAUUGAAAUAGACGGACAUUGAGGGAUGUAUCAGAAGCAACAUAAAGCAGCAUUCGUCUACACUGUUGAUGACUCUUUCAAAUUUUAAUUAAUCCUGGUAGACUUUACUGGUAUAGUGAAUUGUAAAGAAAUCAUGCAUCACCUGCUUUCUUGUGUAGAAGUUUCUAACUGGCCUUGAACUUGAGGCAUUGUUGAUGGUCUUUUCCUUGUUUUCCCAUUCUAGACCAGAAUUAAGUGACGAGCUGAUUGCAUGCCUGGGGGAAUGAUAGGGCAGUGUUGCCCUUUUCUUUUUGUUUUCUUAUUUUUGUUUUUCCUGAUUUGUACAGCUUUCCGAUGGAAUUCUGCUUUUUGUACACAUAAAUGUAACAUCUUGGCAUAUGCUUUCUGUUAAGGGUUGAACGCCUGAGUUUUCAUUU